GAGUCCCUGGUCUAUUUUGCCCUUCACAUCCUGGCAGGCUCAGCUGUUGGGUGUUGAUCCUAUAUUCGAUCUGGACAAUGCUGCUUCUGCUCUUCGUGAGUUGGGGAUCUCCGAGUAACCAUAAACGCCACAAGGAUUCUUACUGUUAACGAUGAGUACGGCAGAAGGAACCAGCAGCCUGAGCAUCCUUCGGACCGCAGAAAAUCCACUCGGGAUUCUGUCGGAACAAUCUGCGACAGCUGGCUAGUCAGGCUAGGGUUGCCUUUACAAAAGGGGUGUACACAUGCUCGGAAUAUACCAGUAUCACGAUGUCUGAGAGCGCAAGAUACAAGUGGCCCCUUUCAUUGUAUAAGAAGUCGUGCAAUCUUGGGUCAGAGACUGACCUCCCCUGUCACAUCUUUUCAGUCUUUGGCUCAUGGCUAGUCCAACUGUUACCAACGCGCGUUCCGUGUCCGAACCCACAACGCUGCGCCAAGACGCUAAUACCGAGUCGUCCACAGGCGCAGCUAGUACAAUUGACACAGAACAUAUUUCAGUCAAUGAUGACCCCCGUCAAUGGAGUCCUGCCAGAAAAACAACGACUUUAUGGAUUGUAUCACUGGCUACAAUGGUGUCUGCAUUAGCUUCCAACAUCCAAAAUCCCUCGAACUCAUUGAUAGAAGCAGAUUUACAUGCAACAAGCAGCCAGGUUAGCUGGACAAUGGCGGCGUUCCUGUUCCCACAGGGAAACUUUCCUCUAUUAUGGACCACAGCAAGUGAGAUUAAGGGUCGUAAGCCUGUUUAUCUCGUGGGUUCGGCAUUGUUCGUGGUAGGAAACGUUGCUUUGGCACUUUCAAAGACCAUCGAGGUGAUGAUCGGCAUGCGAGCACUUCAAGCUGCGGGGUCAUGCGCUGCCAUGGCUAUUUCGGCCGCGACCCUGGCUGAUAUCUACGACACUCAUGAGCGAGGGACCAUGAUGGGUAUUUUCUUUGCUGCACCUCUCUUGGGACCCGCCCUGGGCCCUAUACUCGGCGGCUCGUUGUCACAAGCCUUCGACUGGCGCGCCUGUUUCUACUUCCUGCUUGUCUGUGCAGCAGUCGUAUUCUUGUCCUUCCUCAUCCUGUUCAAGGAUACACACCGACGUGAACGGAGUCUAGCCUAUCGCUCCGCUUUUCAGCGACAUGCUUCCAAAGAACGCGUUCGGAGUCCAAACGAAUCUAUCAUAGCUGGGAAUGAGUCCAGCAAGGACCAAACACCUGUCAAGGACGCCGAGAAGCAGCUCCAAUCGCUGGAAUAUAUCUCAGCGGUCACUUCUAAAACAGGGCUGGACGAUGUCAAACUAUCAUUCAAAGACAUCAAUCCCUUUCCGCCAUACUUGCGAAUUCUGUCGCGCAAGAACAAUGUUUUAAUUCUUAUUACUAACGGACUUAUCUUCGGAUUUAGCUAUUCCCUUUCAUACACGUGUUGCCGCACUCUGGCCGGUCGAUAUGGUUAUAGAGCUUUUAGGAUUGGCUUGGUCUUACUUUGGCUUGGUAUAGGAAGUAUCGCUGGGAGUGUGAUUGGCGGCCGUUGGUCCGACCGAGUGCUUGCGAAGAUGAUGGAAGCGAACGGGGGCAAAUGCUACGCAGAAAUGCGCUUAGAGAGCUCGAAACUGGUGAUGCCAUGGGUACCUCUGUCUGUCAUCGGUUAUGCUUGGGUGUGCGAAAAGCAUGUCAACGUCACUGUCAUCUGCGUCAUGCUCGUGCUUAUUGGAUUCACCUCUACAUGGAUGUAUACGUGUACAUUGACAUACCUCGUUGAUGCCAAUCCUGGCCGCUCGUGCACAGCGGUUGCUGUAAAUAGUUCGUUCCGAGGAUUCUUUUCCUUUGUUUCAGUUAUGAUUGCUGUACCGCUUCAAGAUGCUCUAGGAGAUGGGGGAUUGUAUUCAGCCUGGGGUGGCGUAUUCGUGAUGACAGAAUUAUUAGUUAUAUUGGUACUGCGCAAGGGAGAAUCAUGGCGCAAGGAAAGUGAAGGGCCUGAAUUUGAAUGCUAAAAGAAUUAUGAAUCGGCAUCUUCCACCACACUCAUGGAUAACGCGAUUUACAGGGGGCCCGACGUUCGAGUUAAAACGAUAAUAUCAAGUCCCAAGUAUAUGACUUAGGCUACAUGUAUUUUGGUUUACAUUGUACGGAUUCUAAAUAACAUAGAGGAUUGCAUAGACUUACCCAAGGCUAAUCAUAGUGAUCGAUCAAGAUACAUUUCGGACCACGCUGG